AUUCUAUAAGUAAGAAACAUACAGUUUUGUAGACUUACAGCACAUACACGCGCGCAUACACGACAACGCUGGCACAUUGAAAUGGCUUCCCAUUAUCUUUCAGUAAUUCAUCCAACCACAACGCGUAGUUACAAUUACGAAUUACUUGUGCUGUCGUGGAGCGCAGCUAACCAUCAUCUUUAUUUCAUCCAUGAGCCAUCGACCGACACCCGAUCGUAAACGAAUCUCGAGGCAGAGGUUGCGCUAAAAGCGAGAUCGAAGUGUCAAUUCCCGAAGAGAUCAGUUGUGAAUGACGAUCCUGCAAACUAAAGAGUUAUGCUGCAAACAAACAUUGCUCCUCUCACACGGGAGAACAUAGAAAAACUACAAAACCAACUUGAAGAAACUGAAAAUUUUCAAAAUAACACGAUGGAAAUUACGYCACGAAUGGAAAAGUUGGCGCGCUCUGAAGGAGAUGGACAAAGCGUAGAGGAAAUACUUAAAGAAAACAGACUAAUGAGUCUGUCGUUUGUCGAUGAAGAAGAAGAAAAGUCAUCAGAUUGUGAUAAACAGAAGCUUGUAGAAUCUUCUUUGGUUAGAGAUACGCAAUAUGGAAAACAAGAUAAGAGAACAGAUGAAGAAGAAAAAGAAGUUGUUGACGUGAAGGAAAGCUGUGAAAAUGAAAGAGAGAAAAAGGAUAUACUUGACAUCAAAGAGGCAGAAAAGACCUUAGAAAGUAAUAAAUACGACAAGGAAAAUGUCAAUGGAGAAAGGAAUGAAAAUAUUAAACAAGCUGUUUUAGAUUCUGCUUCUUUAGGGAAGCAGACAAAAGCGUCUGUUAAUGACGAUGGCACGAAAAGUACAGAGGAUAUUGGGUUGAACAGUAGAGAUUUAACAGAUAAGCUGAGAAAUAAUAGUAUUGAUGUAAAAUACGGGAUCCCGUCCUCGUCUGUCGUGAAAGAUGAAAGUGAUAUGAUUAGAAUCAUGAAUAGUCGCAAACCAAGCGAAGAAAAAGUAGAAAAGGAAAAGGAAGAAGAAGAAAAGGAAAAAAAGAAAAAAGAAGAAGAAGAAGAA